CCGCAAAACAAUUCCAGGCCGGCCAGACCAUCAACAAUAGGAGAAAGACCUGAUUAGGGUGGCCUUCAUUGACCUGGAUUACUCCCGGUCUGCGUCCCACAUGGCCCAAGCCGCCGAUCCGGAUCCCGUGGCCGCUCUUACGGCCAGUUUGGCCGCUGAUUUUGGCGUGAGUCACAUCCUGAACGAUCCUACUCGACCUCAUCCGCGCUUCGCCCAAUACAAAUCCCACGGCUCGCACACCCGUGAAGCGGCUCAAGCCCAACGGCGGGCCCAAUUGUUGGCGGCUCAAAAGCAACAACGUCAAGCGGCGGUCAAUUGGGCGCGAGACUUGACCGCCACCGACUCCGAUCAGGAUGACGAUGAGGAUGAUCCGCCCGAGGCCAUGGACACCGCGGUCCAGCCGCGAUCCAAGCCGCGAUCCACCUUUCGCGACCGAUUGAUGCUGUCGGAGUGGAUGGUGGAUGUGCCGGCAGAUCUGGGCCAGUCCUGGCUGUACGUGUUGGUGCCUGAAGGUCGCCGGAAUUUGGUGGUGGCGGGUCGGGGUCAGACCUCAGCUUACGCCCGCCAUGGUCGAAAAGUAUCGCAAUUCCCCUCGGCUUUACCGGGCGGGAAUCGGCGACAAAGACCGCCCCAUCACAUGGUGACGCUCUUGGAUUGCAUUUAUUCUCCCACUGGCCGAUGUUAUUACGUCUUGGACGUGCUCGUGUGGAAUGGUCACGAAUAUUUAGGCUGUGAGAGCGAGUUCCGAUUCUUCUGGCUCAAACAGAAGGCGGCCGAAUGUCCAGCCAUGGGCGUGGUCUCGGACAUUAAUCCCAUUCCCUUUCGUUUACUACCCGAGGGACCGGCGGACCUCGAAAGUUUGACCCGUGCCGUUCACGAUCCGUGGCCUUUUUCGGACAAUCUGGAUGGGAUUCUGUUUUAUCAUAAGCAAUUGCAUUACCUACCGGGCCACACCCCCUUGGUGGGUUGGCUCAAGCCCUAUAUGUUGCCCGAAAUGCUCCAAAUUACCGUGCCGCCGGCUUUGCGCUCUUUAGCGCCCAGUGAUUAUGUCAAUUCCCAACAGUACAUGGCCGAUUUUGAUGCCGGGGUCUAUCAUAAAACCAAAGGUAAAUCCACCCCGUCCCAAUUGACUCGGCCGUCUCUCGGGAUGGAAGUGCCAGAACCCGUGGCUCAACCCCAUGAUUCAACCAAUUCUGUGAGAUAACGUGCGUCUAGUCGAAAAUAAACCGUGUUGACUUUCCGAAUUUCAGCCCUCGGCUCGGGUGGAAUCUAUUGAUCAUGAUUGUCAUUAUAGA